GCAGGUUAAUCAACCAACCACUCAUCAGUAAAGCAAAAAGCACACGAUCGUCUGGUUUUUCCUUUCGACUUGUCUCUCCGCGCUUUCUGCUCAAGUCAGCCCCCUCCUCUGCCGCGCAUGCUCUGCAGCGCAUGCCCGACGGGGUCUGCGCAGCGCGUGCAUCACAGGAAACAAUGAGGAUCCUGUUUACCUGUUUGCUGCUCAUGCUGCUCUUUGCCACUGGACUUUCAAAACCAGCCAAUCUUAAACCCAAACCAAUUGACAAGCGUCAGAAUGAAACCCCUUAUGAAAAGUUUAAACGACAGCAUGUAGAUGCCAAGAUGACUGCGAAAAAAUGUGAGGCAGAAAUAAAAAACAAGCAGAUCUACAAUGUUGACAACAGUUGUAAGGACACAAACACGUUCAUCCUUAGUGAUUACGAAAAGGUCAAAGCCAUUUGUAAUGGUCAUGGGUCACCUCAUAAGAAUACUUGCUUGACAGAGAGUAAAGCAAAGUUCAGUAUUGUUAAAUGUGAACUAAAGAAUAAUGGAGGCAGGAAACCCAACUGUCAGUAUAAAGGCAAACUUCUCACUAACAGAAUAGUUGUAGUCCAAUGUGGAGGAUUACCUGUGCACUUUGAGAAGGACAUAGUGACUUUUGAAUCCAAUAACGCAGCUAUAGGAAAAAUCCCCAUGGACGAUACCUCUGUACCCACAAAUAUACAUGUCUGAGAUAACAAAAGAGAAACAUUUAUCAUCAGCUCUGACUAAACGUCGCUGGAAACAUCUUGUUCGUCACAAGUUUUCACUCGAGCCUGUCUUAUCAGUAACCAUUUACAUUUUUUUGAACAUGUGAUCAGCUUCUAUUUCUUCACACAUUGCAUUAAAUAAUAUAAAACUAUUUUCAAACUAUAUUCAACCCACCAAUACUGAUAUAUUAAUUGUACUGACUGUAGGAUGCUGUGUAGAAAUAAUCUCUUCGAUCAAACUGGCUUCUAAUAAAAUAUUUUUAUUUGAUCGCAGAAUAGUAUGUAAUAAAUGUUUUUGCUUUGUUUAUUUACUUUUUUUUUUUUUUUUUUUUAAUUUUUGGCAUCACCAGUCACAGGACUCACAAGGUCAAAUGUUCAUAUUCAGCACCCUGCCUCUCGGAUGGUUUUUUUGUUUUUAAUGUUAUUAAAUUUUAUUGCUUUUGUUUUCAUUUUAUGCCAACAAUUCAUUUCUAAGAUGAGCUUUAAAGCAUCAAAAUUGAAAUAACUGACCAAAAGGCAAAAGUCUAAAUAUCGUUGCUAUCACUCCUGCUGCAAAGAUCAGGGUCAGACAUUGUUGGGCUUCCCUCUGUGUACACACCUGUACGAAGGAGU